AUGCCAGUCAUCGCCAACGGAGCGACCAACUAUAUGCGCCCCCGGCCCGGCUUUCCUCACCUGGGGGGGGCUACAUCCUCCAAGGCUACGGGCCAUAAUGGUGGGAACAUGGUGGACUUGGUGGGCGAUCUCGUAACUGGGAUAAGAAAUGCGACGCUGGACCCUCGAGCCCCUAGCCUUGUCGUUAAUGGAAGUGGCAGUUCCUUACCCGACAAGUUAAAGACAGCAUCUGGCGGGGACUCGAGUCCCGACGAUUCGCAAAAGGCCGAUUCAACUUCCGACCUCGGGACGAAGCCGCCGAGCCUCGAUGGCAAGAGUAUCACGUCAGGGACGACCUUUGCUCUGGACGAAAAGGAAUCAUUGCGGCCUGAUGAUAGUGCUAGUGUUAAGGCGGCAGCCGUUGAGGACGAUGACGCUUUCUCUAUCCGCGGCUCUCUUCUUGCCGGUUCUCGCAUGGGGUCCGACAUUGCUGGCCGUCGCAUUCAGCUCGAAGAACAUACCGACAGGCGUACUUCUCAGCACAAUGUGGGAGCGCCGGGUGCUGUUGUUCCUCAAGGCCCAGCAGGGCCGCCAACUCCUGCCGGCCCCAGCAUCCCCACAGAUGCGUUGAACAUUAUAUAUAGAAAGGCUCCUGAUGAAAAGCUUCUCGAGGCUAUGCAAUCUCCAAAGGACCGGAUUUUCCUUUUACGUCUCGAAAAAGACGUCAUUGAUUUCGUCCGGGAUUCGAAGGAGCCUUACAUGGACCUUCCGCCGUGCAAUUCCUUUUGUAGGAUGCUCACUCAUAAGCUGGCUGACUACUACCAUAUGACGCAUUCCUAUGAACCGAGUAUUGGCGCCGUGAGAAUCUUUAGAACCCCCUUCUGCCGUGUGCCGCAGUCCCUCGCUAGCAUCGCGGAAUCUACCUCGGCUGCCAACACUCCGCCCCCGGUGGUUAUUCCCCGUAAGAUUAUGCGACGAGAGGAUAGUGGUGAUAAGGCAGUAUCCAGUGCUGGUCCUUCGAAACCGACUUCUGAGGCUGGCAGUGAUGCCAAGGAGAAGGCCGCGCAACUAAAGGAGAAAAUGACUCAGGAAGAGCGAGAGGAGGCAUACAACCGCGCAAGAGAGCGCAUCUUUGGCAGCUCUGAAAAGAACGGCGAGUCUCCGCAAGAUAAUGAUAAUGGAGUAUCGCGAGCAAGCUCUGUUUCUGGGAAAGACAAAUCUAUUGGCGGAAGGAGAGGGAGGAACGAGAGACGUAGGCGCGAUUCAGGUAGCUUUGAAUCUCGCGCUCAGUACGCCGUCUACUACCCUCCACCCCAGCAGUCCCCAUGGGCAGCUCAGCCACAGUAUAUCCACGUCGCAACGCCUCCAUUCAACGGGCAAGUCCAACCGCCGUUCCCGAAUCAAGCCGUGCCUGUCUAUAUCCCACCUGGGCAGAGUUUCCCGACCAUGAUGCCGAAUACUGGCUACCCUCCGACUUAUACGAACAUGCCCCAGUAUCCACCUCAACCGAAUGCUCACCGCUACCCACCUCCUGGAAACACCGCUCCCGGUGUGUACGGACCUGCGGCCCCCCCGGGUCAGUCUCCGCCGACCCAGAGCUGGCAGUCCCCAUCCUUUAACCCGCCACCAGGAUCAUUUUCUCAGCGAGUAAACGUCCCUAGUGCGCCUCCGGCACCUAGCCAAAUGGGAUCAGCGUCCGUGGGCAUCCCUUAUCUCUAUGGGCAGCUUCCUGCAAACGCCAACCCUAAUGACCCGAAGAGUCAGCAUCCCAUCCCCGGGAGCUACAAUCGACACGCCUUUAACCCUAAAACGCAAUCUUUCGUUCCGAAUACCGGUAUGGCCCCCAUGCAAGGACAGAUACCGCCAUAUGCCCCUGGUGGCUCGCACCACGGGAGUCCGCAAGUGGGAUCUCCCCACCUAGCCUAUGCCGGUUCUCCGUACCAGAUCCCCAUUGCCGGCCCACCUCCCGGUCCGCAGCAGCCUUACGGCGAUGGGUAUGCUAUGGCCCGACAGGGUUCCAACAACUCGAUGAUGGCAUUUCAUCAUCCACCUCAACAUGUGCAGCACCCGCCCCCCCUUUCCCAGGUACCGCACCCGGCGAUGGCACAGCAUAUGCCGCCAAAUCAUCUCGCACAACCACCUAAUAAGCCCGCUACCGCUCCAGUUCCGUUGAUAGCAGGGCAGGCGUUCAGCCACCUUCCGCCACAUUAUGGUAACCCUUCCACAUUGCCUCAGAAGCCGACGUAA